AUGUCGCGUGGAGGGGCUUCCGGCUACGACCGGCACAUUACGAUCUUUAGUCCGGACGGCCGGCUGCACCAGGUGGAGUACGCGUUCAAGGCGGUGAAGCAGGCGGGCUUGACGUCGAUAGGCGUGCGCGGCGUCGACACGGUGUGCGUGGUGACGCAGCGCAAGGUGCCGGACAAGCUGAUCGACCCGACGUGCAUCGCGCACUGCUUCAAGAUCACCAGCAGGAUCGGCGUGAUGAUGACCGGCGUGCCCGCGGACAUCCGCUCCCUCCUCCAGGAGGCCCGCCAGAAGGCCGCGGACUUCCGGUUCACGUACGGCUACGAGAUCCCCGUCGGCGUCCUCGCGAAGCAGAUGGCGGACAAGGCCCAGGUCUACACGCAGCACGCCAUGAUGCGCCCGCUGGCCGCCGUGUCCAUUUACGCGGGCAUCGACGAGGAGGAGGGCCCGCAGCUGUGGCGCGUGGACCCGGCCGGGUACGUCGUGGGCUACAGGGGCUGCGCUGCGGGCGCCAAGGAGCAGCCAGCCAUCAACCACCUUGAGAAGAAACUAAAGGACGCGGGCGGCGCGGACCUGUCGCGGGACGACACGAUCCAGGCCGCGAUCCUCGCGCUGCAGACCGUGCUGUCGGAGGACAUGAAGGCUGCGGACCUCGAGGUGGGGGUUGCGGGCGGGCCGGACGGGUCGUUCCGCGUCCUGCGCGACGAGGAGGUCGAGGAGCACCUCAUCGCGAUCGCGGAGAAGGACUGA